CCCAUUAUCUUCAGAUUAAGUAUUAUGAAAUUAUGAGCAUAGAGAUUAUAUUCAUUCAUUAUUUUAUCCUACCCAAGAAACUCAUAUAUAUAGCCAAAGAAGUUGGACAGAUUGGUGGUGACUUACAGGUUAAGGCAAUCAUCAUACAAAAUACCCAAAGAAGAACAGAAAUUCAUAGCUAUCUAGCUAGCCAGCCAUGGCUGAUAGAAUGGAAGAACAAGAAACAGAACAAGAGAAAACAACAAGAAGAAAGAUGAAGAAGAUCCUUCUCAUAAUAAACUGUGCCUUGUUAGCUCUAGGCACCAGUGGUGGUCCCCUCAUCAUGCGUCUCUACUUCAUCCACGGCGGCAAACGUGUCUGGCUCUCCGCCUUCCUCGAAACCGCCGGAUUCCCCCUCAUGCUGCCACCCCUCGCCGCCGCAUACAUCUACCGCCGCCGCCAGAGCAAAAAAACAUCAUCAGCGGCGGUCAUAUCGAUGAAGCCUCGUUUGUUUCUUGCUGCAGCUGUCAUCGGAACACUCACCGGCGUCGAUGACUACCUCUAUGCCUACGGCGUGGCGCGGCUCCCGAUUUCCACCUCCGCCCUCAUCAUCGCCUCUCAGCUGGCCUUCACCGCCGUCUUUGCCUUCCUCCUGGUGCGGCAGAAGUUCACUGCUUACAGUAUAAACGCCGUCGUGUUACUCACCGCCGCUGCCGGGGUUCUUGCCAUGCACGCCAGCGGUGACCGCCCCGCCGGCGAGUCAUUCAAGCAGUACGUUGUCGGUUUCGUGAUGACCCUCGGCGCCGCUGCAUUGUACGGGUUUGUUCUGCCCCUCACGGAAUUGGUGUACAAAAAGACCAAACAAAUCACAUACUCUCUGGUCAUGGAGUUUCAGUUUGUUAUGUGCUUCUUUGCUUCUCUUGUUUGCUGUAUUGGGAUGAUCAUCGACAAUGACUUCAAGGUGAUUCCAAGGGAAGCGAGGAAUUUUGGGCUUGGAGAAUCCAUGUACUAUGGUGUGCUAGUGUUGAGUGCGUUUAUGUGGCAGGCUUUUUUCUUGGGAGCAAUAGGGGUGAUAUUUUGUUCAUCGUCUCUGCUUUCUGGGAUUUUGAUUGCUGUGUUUCUGCCAGUAACUGAAGUACUGGCGGUUAUUUUCUACAAGGAGAAGUUUCAAGCGGAGAAGGGGGUUUCUUUGUUUCUCUCAAUUUGGGGUUUUGUGUCUUACUUUUAUGGUGAGAUCAAACAUGCUAAGAAAGUGAAGAGGAACUCAGAAACAGAGUUGUCUCAAAUUAAUGUUCCUGAUUUAUGAUUGCAAUGGAGUAUGUUUUUUUCUUUGAAAAAUGCUCAAAAUUAUUGACAAUUACCACUUAGGUUUUGUGCUA